UAAUCUCCAACGACUUGUCCUUCGACCUAGGAGACUCCAAGUCUCAACCUAUCACUCAAUCUAUUUGAACAUUCCGUAAACUCGUUUGCACCUAUACCUUGACGUUGAAUAAAGCAUUAGGCUUGAAGGCCACAUUAACAAUACAAUUGUGAAAUCUAGAUCCAUCGAUCGUUUAAUUACCAGCAUUGAAACAGUGCUGUUCAGCGACAGAAGCUCCCGGAUCCAGUUGAAAAUAAAAUAGAAGGUAAAAAGCACGGAAACCAUAAUGGGCAGAGCGAAACAUUUGACAGUCGGUUCGAAGGCACCACCCAUGGAAAAAGGUAAAUUGAGGCUUUACAGUAUGCGGUUUUGUCCUUACGCUCAAAGGAUACAUCUUAUUCUAGACACGAAAAAAAUCCCAUACGAUGUAGUUUUUAUUAAUUUAAGUCGAAAGCCUGAAUGGCUGCAAGAAAAGAGUCCAUUGGGUAAAGUACCUUGCCUAGAAUUUGAUAAUGGUGAUACGUUGUACGAAAGUCUGAUUAUAGCCGAGUAUUUAGACGAAGCUCAUCCGGAACAUCGUUUGUAUCCUGACGAUCCACUAGCUAAGGCAAAGGAUAAAUUAUUAAUCGAAAGAUUUAACGAAGUCAUAACUAGCAUGUAUAAAAUAUAUUUAGCAAAAACUGUGGAUAGAGACUUGUUCAACGAAGUCUUGGAAGGCUUGGAAAUCUUUGAUAAAGAGUUAGCCAAAAGAGGGACUCCUUUUUUUGGUGGUAAUCAACCAGGUAUAUUGGAUCUCAUGAUUUGGCCAUGGUGCGAAAGAGCCGAUGUUAUUAAAAUACUCAAAGGAGAACAAUUUAUCAUUCCACGUGAUAGAUUUCUUCGAUUGUUGGAAUGGAAAUUAGCCAUGAAAGAUGAUUUUGGUGUAAAAGGUAGUUAUUUAGAUUUAGAAACUCAUGCAAAGUAUAUAAGAAGUCACCAGGCUGGAAGUCCGCAGUAUGACUUAGUUUAAUUCAAAC